GGAAUUUUUGGACCAUUAUAAUAACACCUCUUUGCCUUCUCCAUUUUCUCACACACACACACACUAAAAAAAAGCUCUGUGAAUUAAUCGAUAAUGGCGGAUCAGCUCACUGACGAUCAGAUCUCGGAGUUCAAAGAAGCUUUUAGCCUAUUCGACAAGGAUGGAGAUGGUUGCAUCACAACUAAGGAGCUUGGAACUGUGAUGCGGUCAUUGGGGCAGAACCCAACUGAGGCUGAGCUUCAAGACAUGAUCAAUGAAGUUGAUGCUGAUGGGAAUGGGACCAUUGACUUCCCUGAGUUCCUUAACCUGAUGGCUCGCAAGAUGAAGGACACUGAUUCCGAGGAGGAGCUCAAGGAAGCUUUUAGAGUGUUUGACAAGGAUCAGAAUGGCUUUAUCUCUGCUGCUGAGCUUCGCCAUGUCAUGACUAACCUAGGUGAGAAGCUUACAGACGAAGAGGUUGAUGAGAUGAUUCGUGAAGCUGACGUGGAUGGAGACGGACAGAUCAACUAUGACGAGUUCGUCAAGGUCAUGAUGGCCAAGAGGCGAAUGAAGAAGGUACAAAGUACAAGUGUGAAACCAAUUUCACAGAGCAAUGGAAGAAAAGGCCGGAAGAGAGACCGAUGCAUAAUCCUUUGAUCCAAAGAAGGUUCUCUUUGGGAUCGUU